AAUGUUUGCAUUCUAUUAGGGUUCUAAAUCACACUUGUGAGGUUUCGUAUCAACCCAAAUCUAAAGAAAAAGAAGGGAAAAAACAUUCAUACUUCUUAAAAACCCCAGAGAGUGCUUCAAUGGAGAUCUUAUCACCCAGAUUGUUCCCUGAGAUAGUAACAGAAGAUCCACUUCAUCAUAUGUAUCACCAUCAUCAAAUGAUGAACUCCUUCGAUUGCCCUCUCGACGAUUUCGACUUCAACCUUUUCUCUUCAGAGAUGCACUCCCCUUGUGCACCGUUGGAUCCGGAAACGAUGCGAGCUCUCAUGGAUCCGCGGGUCCAAGCUGCUUCGACAAUCAUGGAGAGGCCAAUGAAGAAGCCAAAGACCGAGAUCUGGAGCAACACUUGCUCACCCGAAACAUACAAAGCCUCAAGAACAGUGACGACCUCGCCAUCAGGUAGUCCCCAGUUGAUAUCUUUUGGGAGCUUGGAUCUGUCCCCAACCGAAUCGCAACAGUUUUACGGUUCUUAUGAGAUCCAAGAUUGUCAAAAAGAGAUGAAGAGAGCUGGGGCAAUGAGUAGACCAACUUUACAUUCACAAGAACACGUGAUUGCAGAGAGGAAGCGGCGCCAGAAGCUUAGCCAGAGCUUCAUUGCUCUCUCUGCCAUCAUCCCUGGCCUUAAAAAGAUAGACAAAGCAUCGAUCCUUGGAGAUGCAAUCAAGUACAUGAAGCAGCUUCAAGAACGCAUCAAGAAACUUGAGGAAGAGGUGGCAGUCAGGAAUGAGGAAUCAGUUGUGAUUGUAAAGAAGUCUCAGGUCUCGGCAGACAAUAAUAUGUCGUUGGAUGACUUCAAGCAACAACUCCCGGAGAUCGAAGCGAGAGUAUCAGAUAAAUAUGUUCUUUUCCGAAUCCAUCAUGAGAAAAGGAAGGGAUAUAUGACAGAGAUACUCAGCGAAAUCGAGAAGAUGAAUCUAUCUGUUCUCAACAGUAGUGUAUUACCGUUUGGAAGUUCCAUGCUAGAUAUGACAAUCGUAGCUCAGAUGGACGUUGGAUUCUGUAUGAAAGCUGAGGAUCUCGUCAGGAAUCUACGCCAGUCUCUUCUCAAUAUUGAAUAAUCAACAUCAUCUUCGUUCUUUUGUUUUCAAAAGCCUCUUCUAAUUUUUCCUUUCGUCAUUCGGAAGUUAGCUACUCUUUUUUACCCCCAAAUAGAAUGAUUUCGGACCUUGUGAGGGACAACCUUUGAAUCUCUCUUGACCAGACCUCCAGCUUGCGGCACGAAAUGUCUUGUUUUGUCUAAGAGUUUCUUUUUUGCUAGUGGGUUUUUUCCUUCUGUUUUUUUCCAUGGUCGACAUGUUUGGCCAUGUUGAAAUCUUACCCACGAGCUGCGUAGGAAACUUUUAGUAUAUUUUUGUAAGCUUCUUUUUUUUAGAGGUUUGACUUUUCAACGAAGCCUCUUCCUUGCACUCUAAUUGCAAGUGGAAAGGGGUCUGGCUCAGAUAGACGAAUUGGAACUUUUCUCUCUCCCGGUUGGAUUAGAUGUUCAGUCUUUUUCAGUCUUGUUCAGAAACAUUCUGUAUUCAUCAGUUCAUAUUUGUUGUAAUUAAAGUAAAUCGAACGGUUGUGAGAUCA